UGAAGAGUGUGCAGUCCACGUGGGUCUGUCGGUCGGUCGGUCGGUCGGUCGGCCUAGCCUAAUGUAGCGUGCGCAAAAAAGCAGAGACCAAAAUAAAAGGGGUUGGGUGGGGGCGGUCGCGGGCCGCUCCAGCCGCCGGCAAUCGACGACAUGAGUGCGGCCGAGGCGGACGAGUGGCGGCCGCGGGACGGCGGCCUGCGCGGCUGGCUGGUCGUGGCCGCCUCCUUCUGCGUCAACGGCCUCGUGUUCGGCCUCAUCAACUCCUACUCGGUCAUCUACGCCAGGUUGCAGGAGACGCUGGCCGCCGAGGGAGAGAAGGACGCCAGCUCCAUGGCAGCUCUGGUGGGCUCCCUCACCAUCGGCGCCACGUUCUCCCUGUCGCCGGUGGCAGGCAUUUUGACUGACAGGUUUGGUCUGAAGCGAACAACCCUUCUGGGAGGCACCCUGGCUGUGAUAGGAAUGACCAUUUCUUCGUUUCUCACCCACACGGUGGAGGCGUUGUAUGUGACCUACGGCAUUCUUUUCGGGAUCGGCGCCUCCCUCGCGUACACCCCCUCCCUGGCCGUGCUCGGACUGUAUUUUCGCGAACGCCUCGGCCUGGUGAAUGGCAUUGUGUGUACAGGGAGCUCGGUGUUCACGAUCACGCUACCGCCGCUGCUGGGUUACCUCCUCGCGCACUUCGACCUUCCAUGGACGCUGCGGUGCCUGGCUGUGGCGAUGGCAGGAUUGGCGGCGGCCGGAUUCCUGUUCACCGCUCCCGAAGGAGCGCCCGUGAAAUCAUCGAAUAAAAAACAGGCCAUUGUCAACUGGGCCAUUUGGAAGGAGAAGAGAUACGUCAUCUGGACCAUCUGCAUCCCCUGCUCCCUAUUCGGGUACUUUGUGCCUUAUGUUCACAUGGUGAAAUUUGUAGAGGAAAGAUUCCCGAACGAGGAUGGGACGAUCCUGAUCAUGUGCGUCGGCCUCACGUCAGGCGUGGGUCGGCUGCUGUUUGGAAAAAUUGGCGACUUGCCAAGGGUGAAUCGCAUUUUGCUGCAGCAGGUUUCAUUUAUCUCGAUGGGCGCAAUGACGAUGCUGCUGGUGUGGGCGCCGUCGUGGCCGUGGAUGAUCGCCCUGGUGCUGGGCAUCGGCAUCUUCGACGGCUGCUUCAUCAGCCUCAUCGGGCCCAUCGCGUUCGACCUGUGCGGCCAGGAGGGCGCGCCGCAGGCCAUCGGCUUCCUGCUGGGCCUCAUGGCCAUUCCGAUGACCCUCGGGCCGCCCCUCGCCGGAAUCCUCUACGACAAAACUGCCUCCUACCAACUCGCCUUCCUCCUCUCAGGACUGCCUUCCAUUCUCGGAGGACUCGCCCUCUCAGUCAUGCACUGCUUCAAGAAACAGCAGCCCACAACAAACGGUGUUCAAAUAACCAAAGGCCCGGAGUCAGCGUCUUUAUUGGAACUGCAGAUUCAGGAGGAAAAAUGAAAGCGCCUUAUUUUUGUUUUUAAGUCAAAGGAUAGCCAAAUAAAAAGAGAGUAUUUUUGCAGUGUAAA